AUGGCCGUGGCAUUUCAUGUUGGAGCGCUGGUGAUGCUUCAAGCGAUGCUCACAAUCUCAACCUUCGCACCGGAAAGGGAGGAUCUUAACUUGCUCUCAGUCAAAACAGUUCAAGUGAGUCAUGCCGCCAAUGGAGCUGCAGGCUCGUCGAUUUGUAAGAUCGCCCUGGAGGAACAUGUCGGUUUCAAGCGUGUUUGGAAAUACUCCAAUGGAGAGCCGCCAGUAGAGUGGUGGCAAAACCUGGAAGACUUGGAAGACUUGGCAGAUAGGCGAAUUGCCGAGACCCGGGUCAAAGUCGCACAAAAUUACGGAGUUGACUUCAUGAUCCUGUCGAUAACCGGUAGUACCCAAGACAUGAAAGACGUCUCCGACGGCACAUCCGUUAAGAAAUUCAAGCAAUGGAACAGGAAGUUCUUCAAACAGAUCAGUGCAGCCAACGAUGCCUCAGGCAAACCUCACCUUGGCGGAUUUUGCAUCCUUCCACUGUGGGAUCCACAGGCAUCAAUCUCACAAUUUGCAGACUGCUUGAAGCUAGGGUCGCUCGGAGCUUUGAUCAAUGGCUAUGACACGUCAAACACAGGCGGUGAUUUCAACUACUACAUUACCAAGGAGUAUGAUCCAUUCUGGGCCUUUGUCGAGAAAUCCGGCAAGCCCAUCUACUUGCAUCCUCGUGAGGCGGAGUCGAAAGGGUUUUUUACACAAUUUCCAGAGAUGCGCGUGUCACCAUGGGGCUUUCAUGUCGAGACUGCGGAGCAUGUUCUCCGCUUCAUUCUCGCUUCUUCGACAAGUUUCCAAAUCUGA